UGGCCUUGCCUCAGAGCCCAGCCAAGGGGACGGAAACGGCUUGAUAUAAAGCACCCUCUUUUCCGAAGGGCCGAAUCCUUUCGCCUGGGUUGCUGCAGCCACCAUGACUUCUUUGCGCAGCCCCCUCUUCCUCGCCAUCCUUCUCCCCCUGCUCGCGGCAGGGGUGUGGGCCGAGUGCCCGGUCCCGACGGACCUCAAGAACGCCGACGGCACCAAGGUCUGUGCCAAGCUCUACACGGAGAACAGCCCCUACUACGACCAGUGCUGCGCAGGCGACGUCCUGCUGGUCCCCCCCGAGGAGGACCAGCCCUACGUGCCCUCGCCGUUCAACAACAAGGUCUCUUCCCUGGUGGUGGCCCAGAAGUGCCAGCUGGUGGUCUGGUCCUCCAAGGGCAAAGGGGGCAAAACCCGCACCUUCAAGACCGGGUCCUACCCUCGUCUCCAAGAAUACAGGCGGGGGAUCUUCGGCGACUGGAACAAUGCCAUCUCGGCUUACUACUGCAAGUGCACCUGAGGCGCCCGAGUCAGAGGGACAAGAGGGGCGACCCCGCUUUGGCCACCUCCGGCCUUGCCGGCAUGAAGAAUCCCUGACUCCCCUGUCCCCAGUCUGGGCCGUCCGUCCUGGCUGGUGCAGAAGGAUCCUGCAAGGCCGCCUUCGCGAAGCUGCCCUCUCUUGCCAACCGGGAUCCCCGGAAAAGCCUCUGCCUUUCCAGAAACACGUGCCCCCCCCUUCUUCAAGGGUGCUGCCACAGCAGCAGAUCCUGGCCCACCGGAAAAUUGCAGCAUGCCAGCGAAGCGCUGAACACCCGUCCUUCAUUUUCCAGCAGCGAAGAGCUUGCUCAAGCUUCUCACUGACCAGAGGGCGACCGUGGCUUGCUGCAAAAACCCAGGUGGAUUUAUUAUCUCCCGGCACCAAACCAAGAACAAUGACAAAUAAAUAACGCUGCUGGUGGGUUGUAAGGGAGUUCUCUCUCUUUCUCCCCCUGCAAUCUCCUGUGCUUAGAAAUCAGGGCAAUCUCCAGCUUUGUCACCCUGCCUGAAAGAUUUGUCCCCUCUGAUGUUUAAAGUUUUUGUUUCCCCUCCCGCUUUGUUCUCGGGCGUUUUUAGGACAGGCUUUCCAUCUUCAAAGCCGUUUCUCCCCCCCCCCGCCUUGUUGCUUCCCCAAGAUCCGCUUUGCGGCAAACGCUCCCUCUGUCUCAUCUCGGUUAUUAUUGUUGCGCUUUGUCACGAUCAAUAUAAUUAAAAGCGAAGGAACAUGACUUUGGAAAGGUUGGGUCUCUCCCUCAUUCGCUCGCUCCUCUUUGUAGCUCAAGGUCAGCAAGUAAGUAGGAGGAGCUUUUAUUUUCGUCUCGUGUCGGAGGCCUUUAAUUGGAAAGGGCCUUCAGCAGCCCAAGAGCAGAACGCAAUAAUCCCCACCAACCAAGCAAACUGUUUUCAAUUUUCUUCUUUCCUCGGAGGCAUCUUCAGAUUUGGCAAGACUGUCUAGGGAAGAGGGAGGGCUGGGGAGGCGAUUGUGUGUGGGGAUGUGGGAGUGUGUGGGGCAGUGUGGGACUGAAUGUGGGGCCAGGAUGCAACCACCCUCAGACUGGGAAGCCAGAGAUCAGCCCUUCAC